AUGAAAGCUGUUUUCAAAGUGAUGGCUUCUUUACUGGCUUGUAUUUUUACUUUACGGUACCUAGUUUGCCAGCAAAGUGGUCUAGGAAGCUUUCCCAUGGACUUACAGCCCAUGUGCCAGUAUACUGAGUUUUCUGUGGGGUCGUUGCUCCAUCAUAAGUUACUUGAGGGUUCGCCGGUCGCAGAUUAUUUGGUUGAGAAGUACUCGCAAUCGAUAAGACCGUUGGUCCAGACGUAUCCUGAGUCAGUGUUGGGUAAGGUCAUGGGUCAUUUGUACCGAUUCUGGCACAAGGUUGCUUCCUUUUUGAAGUUGAAGCAACUAUGUUGUUCGCUGCAUUCCAAGUUGGGACCCUUGUUAAAUCAUUUAAGGAUUGCUUGGUACUAUCUGAAGCCGUACACAGACAAUGUGAAAAAUGUUCUAGAGAGCCCGUUCAACUCUUCUACGAGUUGGAUGAAGUAUGGCUCCUUCGAUGCCGGUGAUCCACACAGUAAACCCAUUUUUGAGACGGACUCGGAGACUGAAGAUGAUGAGGAUGAGGAUGAAGAAGAAGAUGAUGAUGAGCAGGCUGACAAUGGGGAGGAAAAUGACGAGUAUGAGCUCGAGAAUACGAAGGAUGACCGUGGGAACUCGCAGCUUGUCACUGCUGCGAUUUUGCAGGACCUAUCAAGGGUCAUCAUUGGUCCCGAUGGCUAUACAGAGUUGGAAACGUACGAACCUGAAUCACUAAAAAUGGAAUACGAAGCGUGGAUCAACGCUAUUGAUUCAAAAGUUUCCAGAGCCACUGCUUUCUUGAAUUCGGAGAUAAAUUCUAUGUUCGAGGCUCGCGUGCAGAAUAAAUCUGCAGAAGUAGCCAGUAGGCUUGAUGAUCUAAACAAGACCGUCAGUGAACAAUUAAGAUUUUUGGACUCAAAGAUUAAAGAUAUUAAUUGCACGUCUAAGUUUGACCCCGUGCAAAGUAAAAUAAAGUAUUUUGACGAAUCAGGCGAAUUAGAACUGGAAGCUUACAUUACCAAAUCAUCAAUUAAUUCGAUACUGAAAAAUUACAAAUUGCAUCUAUCAGAAGCUGAAGAAUCGCUCCAUCGCUCAUUAGACUCUUUCCUUAAUCAAAUGGCCGCACUGGCGGAAUUUGUUCGACUUGAGAACGUCGAAGUCUAUGAAGAAUGGGGAGAUAUAAUGAUAAGUCAAUGGUCGCAAAGAAUGGCAUAUAUGGACAUAAGAAGCCUCCAUUUAAAAGAUCAGUACGAUCUCGAAUAUAUUGAUGAAAACCAUCUCAACUGGCAUAAUUUUCUCAAAUUAAAGAAAAAGGUUAUUUCGGAGAGAGAGCGGCUGAGUAAGCAGGACCUGGAUAUGACUUUGAUACUGGAAUCGAUUUCAAAAUUUAAAACCGUUUUCCAGGACACAAAGGAUAAUAUCCAAAAUAUCUUUUCACAGAGAAUGAGUUCAGCGGAUGUUCUAUUCAAGAGUCGUGAACUAAAGGAACGCCUAGAAGAACAGUUUAUACGACAGGAACGUUAA